ACAUUUUCCGGUUGUGUAGAAAGAAAUGGCAAGUGGGUAUGGAGCUGGAACAAAACCAGUAGGCCAGCCAGCCAGCCACCUCAAUUAAAGCACGAUUCUUUACUCACAUUGCAAGCCUGUUCACAUCUCCUUCUCAGUCAGUCGUCGUCGUGGAGCACAAUAUAACACCAACCCUUCAUCUUCUUCCAGAUUUCAUGCACACAACGUGCUUGAUGAAAUGCUAAUAUGGGUUUCUCUUCUUGACAAGUGAGAACCAUCUUCUAUCAGUUUCUGGGUUUCUUUCAAAUGGAGGUCGGCUUACUUGUCUAUGGUUGGCUGAUACUUCUUUGUCUAUGCCUCCCCACCACCGAAGCUAUAUCAAUCACAAAAACCCCCUCAAACACAACUAAUUCUGUAAACAUUGCAGCUCUUUUCACCUUUGAUUCAGUUAUUGGCCGUUCUGUAAAACCUGCAAUUACUGCUGCUGUUCAAGAUGUGAAUUCUGAUCCCACCAUUCUUUCAAAGACAAUAUUGAAUCUUACUUUCAGUGAUACAAAUUGCAGCGGCUUCCUUGGAAUUAUGGAUGCUUUACAGAUGAUGGAGAAAGAUAUGGUUACUAUAGUUGGUCCACAGUCCUCAGGAAUAGCACACGUUAUCUCUCACGUUGCGAAUGCACUGCAAGUCCCUCUAGUUUCGUUUGCAGCCACAGAUCCUACCCUUUCCUCCCUUCAAUAUCCAUAUUUCCUUCGAGCCACGGCUAGUGACUAUUACCAAAUGCUUGCCAUUGCUAACUUCGUGGAAUAUCACGGUUGGAGGGAGGUGGUUGCAAUCUACGUUGACGAUGAUUAUGGAAGAAACGGAAUCUCUGCAUUAGGCGAUGUUCUUUCCAAGAACCGAGCCAAGAUUUCUUAUAAAGCCGCAUUUACACCUGGAGCUGUCCAGAGUGAUAUCGAUGACUUGCUUUAUAAAGUAAAUCUAGUUGAAUCUCGGGUUUAUAUUGUGCAUGUUAAUCCUGAUUCGGGUAUGAGAAUCUUCAAUUCGGCUAAGCGUAUUGGGAUGAUGACAACAGGUUACGUUUGGAUUGCUACAGAUUGGCUUCCUUGUUUGUUGGAUUCGACAGGGUUAACUCAUAGUGAUGGAACGACGGAUCUCUUGCAAGGAGUCAUCACUUUUCGACAUUACACUCCAGAAUCAUCUCUCAAAAAGGAUUUCACUUCGAGAUUGAAAGGUUUAAACUCGUAUGCAUUAUAUGCCUAUGAUUCCAUUUGGCUUGUUGCUCGUGCUCUCGACAGUUUCUUGAAUGAAGGAGGAAACAUCUCUUUUUCAGACAGUUUGAAUAAUCUACGUACUUUCGAUGGAGGUGAGAAGCUGCUCCAAAACCUGCUUGGAGUGAACUUCAGGGGAAUAUCGGGGCAGGUUCAGUUCGAUCACGAGAAGAAUUUAAUUCGUCCAGCCUACGAUAUCCUUAACAUUAUAGGUACGGGCUCUCAAAGAGUCGGUUACUGGACAAAUCAUUCAGGACUUUCGGUUGUUGCUCCAGAAACUAUCUACAAGUUACCUCCAAACACGUCUACGCUUAAUCAACAUCUUUACAGUAUUAUAUGGCCUGGUCAAACAACGACAAAACCGAGAGGAUGGGUAUUCCCUGAAAAUGGAAAGCCUUUGCAAAUUGCAGUGCCUAACCGUGUUAGUUUCAAAGCGUUUGCUGGUAAAGACAGUAGUAGCCCACUUGGGGUGAAAGGAUAUUGUAUUGACGUUUUUGAAGCGGCUAUAGCCUUAUUACCUUACCCUGUUCCUCAUGUGUAUAUUCUGGUUGGCGAUGGUUUGAGAAACCCUAGUUACAAUAAUCUUGUUAACGGCAUCACCCAAGAUAAAUAUGAUGCAGUUGUGGGAGAUGUUGCAAUUACUACAAAUAGAACAAGGAUUGUUGACUUCACACAGCCUUUCUUAGAAUCAGGACUAGUCAUAGUUGCACCAUUCAAAGACCAGAAAUCCAAUCCUUGGGCAUUUCUCAAGCCAUUUUCUUUGGAAAUGUGGGCUGUGACCGGAAUCUUUUUUCUUUUUGUGGGUUCGGUUGUUUGGAUUCUCGAGCAUCGCACGAAUGAAGAAUUUCGUGGCCCGCCUAGACAACAGCUUGUAACAAUCUUAUGGUUUAGUUUCUCGACGAUGUUCUUUUCACACAGGGAGAACACAACCACUACCUUAGCAAGGCUGGUGCUGAUCUUGUGGCUAUGGGUUGUAUUGAUCAUAAAUUCAAGCUACACGGCUAGCUUGACAUCAAUCCUCACAGUGCAACAGCUGACGUCAGGAAUCGAAGGGAUUGACAGCUUGAUCUCAAGUACAGAUCCGAUCGGAGUUCAAGACGGUACAUUUGCAUAUAAUUAUCUGAUCGAAGAACUUAACAUACCUGAAUCCAGGCUUAAAUCAUUAAGGGACCAGGAAGAGUACAUCAAUGCACUCGAGAGAGGUCCGAAACGAGGAGGGGUGGCUGCCAUUGUGGAUGAGCUUCCUUACAUAGAGCUCCUUUUGUACAAUACUCAUUGUGAAUUCAGGAUUGUCGGACAAGAAUUCACAAAGAGUGGAUGGGGAUUUGCAUUACAGAGGGACUCUCCACUGUCAAUGGAUUUGUCGACGUCGAUUCUGCAACUAUCAGAAAACGGGGAUCUCCAAAGAAUCCAUGACAAGUGGUUGACGGGAAAUGGGUGUUCUGUUGAACAAACUCAAGUGGAAGAAAGCAGGCUGUCUCUGGAUAGUUUCUGGGGAUUAUUCCUGAUUUGCGGUUUGGCAAGUGUUCUUGCUCUUAUGAUAUUCUGCUGCAGGAUUUGUUCACAAUAUCGUAGGUUCAGUUCCGGGGCAGAGCCGGUGAUUGAUGAGCCAUCAACAACGCCCGUGAGGAUCAGGCGGACCACAACUUUCAAGGGCUUGAUUAAUUUUGUUGACAGAAAGGAAAUGGAGAUCAAAGAUAUUCUUAAGCGUAAGAGUAGUGAUAGCACGAAAGAUUUAACCAGCCCGAGCUCCAGUACAGGACAUCCAAACGCUCAACCAUGAGGUUGGGUUCUCUUUCGAUCUAGAAAAUCUGGUGUUUAGGAUGCAAAUAGUAAAUGCUUACUGCAGAAGCCAAUAAAUUAUUUAAGCUUUUGUUGCCACUUGGAAAUAACAUCUUUGUAUAUUGUAUAAAUUAAGUUUAUGAUAAUCUUCAAGACCCAAAUAGUUUUGAAGAUAUCAUGACACUACUUUAUAGGUGUA